AUGCAUACUGAUGAUAAAGAGGGAUCAUGUUGUACAACGGAAAGAAUAAAUGUAGAGAAAGUAAGGUUGAAGAAAAAAAUCACUCUCUUUAAUGGUGUGGCAAUAAUUGUUGGAACUAUAGUCGGUGCUGGCAUAUUCGUUUCCCCUAAAGGAGUGUUCAUUUACAGUGGAGAGUCGCUAGGAGUCUCGCUCAGUGUGUGGGGUCUGUGUGGUUUCCUCACCAUGCUUGGGGCUUUAUGUUACGUGGAGUUAGGAACGUCAAUUUUGAAAUCCGGCGGAGAUUAUGCGUAUAUAUUAGAAGCUUUUGGGCCUCUUCCGGCAUUUCUGCGACUAUGGACGAUGUUAGUGAUCGUUAGACCGACAUCACAAGCUAUUAUGGCCCUCACUUUCGGCCAUUACAUUGUGGCAUCUUUCUUCUCAGAAUGUCAACAACCGCCAGAGAGAGCAACCAGGCUUUUAGCAGCCUCCUGUCUCUACCAUCCCACAGAUAUCAAUAAAUGUCAAGGAAAGCCACCUCCAAAACCUGAUGAUCCCAUUACUGUGGCUCCUAUUGGUACUACUGAUCCAGUUACACCUCCUCCAAACUCUCUCAAUUCCAAACAAUAG